UCUAUGACUGGCAGGUUAUCGUCGCAUGUCGGUAUGCUUCCGGCGCUAGCCUGCCAGCCCGGCUUGCCAACAGCAGCACCAGGCCAUCAUCAUCCGGAGCAGCAUCCGCAGUUGGGUCACGUGGCCGCCGCCGCCGCCGCCGCCGCCGCUGCCGCCGCUUCAAUGGGCAUGGAGUCCUCGGAAUUGAUGGCGAUGGCUCAUUAUCAGGCGCAACAGCUGCAACGACAGUUAUUGGCCGAGCAGUCAGGAUCGGGCACCACGAUGCUGCCGCCUACGUCUGCUCAGUCUACUGGUGGAGGCUUGAUGCAGCCGCAGGGGCUUCAAGGGCAGCAGCAAGGCCAACUCCAGCCGGGCCAGGACCCGCUACAGAGCCUGGUGCAGCAACUGCUCUGUCUUCAACAGAUAGAGUAUUUCUUCGCGCAGCGUGGUCACAAAUGAUUACACUUAGCAGAACGUAAUAGAGGAACGUCAUUUGCGCGGAAAAAUGAAAGAAUCGGACAAGGAAACAAUAGAACUCGAUGUGAGCGAGAGAUGUGUUUGUGCCGAUGCAAAAGUGUUCUGAUUCAUCGAUAGAUAAAUUUCGCGCCAAAUUGUUGUACAACCCGCUGACGUCGUUGAUGCUGCGAUGCUGUCGAGGAUGAAGAUGCUGUCGAGGACGAACAAUGUGCGGCGGUAUCUGCUCGAGUUUUUAAAGUUUUUCUAAUUCUCGAACGAAGGGGAGGUGGCGCGGUGUUUCCGAGUUCACCACGAAGAUACGAGAAGGUCGCGGAAAAACUGGAUGAUAGAAGCAUAUAAAAAAUAGAAGCGACCAUUGCACUCGUUCAUUCGUGGAUCACUAUAUCGCAUCGGAACACCGUGCGGAUAGACGGACGGUGAUCUUCGGGAUAUAGGAGUGUUUUAGAGUGUGAUAAAAACUUUAUGUCAAAAAUUAUGUUAAAUAUGAAAGGUGAAAUAAUGUGACUGGGCGGUGAAAAUCGCUUGCAAAUGAAAACGAAGAAGCGAGAAAAAGGGAUGUUAACGCCACGCGUAUCAGAGACGAUUAUCCGCUCUGGUGCGACUGUGAAUGAAUCUCUAUCCGUCAACAGUAUUGAUAUAAUUAAUAGAAUAAAUGAAUAUAUAUAAAAAUAUUGUAAGAGCUAUAUUAAGUAAGUAUUUGUGCAAACGUCAGUGUGCAAGUUAGGCAGAGUGCAUGGUGUGACAGUAUCCGGCGUACAUGGAAGAAAGAAAGAGAGAGAAAGAGAAAGAGAAAAUGAAUAUGAAAGGAUGCGAGUAAACGAAGAUAGAGAAAGAGUGAGGGAGAGAAAGGGAGAUAGAGUCACCUUCGACUCGAAGAUUUUUAAGCACGGGAACCGACCGAACGCCAACGCACAGCCUCGUUGUUUGUCCCGAGAGCUCUCGUUGUAGAAUUUUUUUUUAUCCUUUCUUAUUACUAUAUAUAAUAAUAAUUAUUUGAUGAACCACGGAAAAUAUAAGAAUAACUGUGGAACCUUAUAUGUUACUGCAAAAUUUGCACUAACAUAUAAGAGAGACUCCGUUCCAAAGGUUCAAUACGGAUAUGUAUAACUUAAGUAUAAAAUUUUCUCAAAAUCGGGAUGACACGGAAUUAAUUCCCACAGUGCAAGAAAAAAAUUGUUAAAGUGUUUUUAAUAUUUGUAUAAACAAGCCUUUUUAUGUUUAGAAUACAUUGCGGUACGACACGUAGCAUAGCACGUACCCACGUCUUACGAUGUAUAUGACCUUUUAUUUUACAUAUUUAAGUGAAUGAUUUACGUUCACACUAAUCCGAUUGUGUUUUCAUUUUUAACGAGAUUCUUUUGACGACGACAAUAGAAUCAUUAUCAUCUUAUCAUUUUAUCAUUUUAUUCGAUACAUUAUACGAUAUAUGUCAAACGAAGGCACACAAGAACACGUAUGAUAUAUUCACGUAAAUCUUUGAAUAAAGUUCCUUGCGUAUUAUGUUCAAACAUUA